UUCACGUUCGGUCGCAAUACGCGGAGUCGGCCACUCGAGGUCCGUAUUGCCCCACGGUAGUGGAGGCCAUCCCCAUCUCCGGGGCCCCUGACAUGUUCGCAUGGGAGGACUGACUUGUAGUCCAUGUGCCAAAGUAAAAGCUCUCCGGAUUGGCUUCUUUGGCUUCUAACGCGGCCAUCUUAUGUAUUGCCGUGUCACGACACCACAACACACGGGGACUUUGGCCCCGACGACUCUGUGAUCAAAUCAAGCGCUUUUAAGUGUGGGUGGAACAGCACUGCCUCGCUGUCUCGGACCGAGGGAAAGCGUUUGUAUUUUUGUCAUUUUUAAUUUUCAUUUUCAUUUUCAAAUGGCACUUCUCCGGAGGGAAAUUGCAGCGAACGCCCGGACGUCCAAUCAGGGAGGAGGUCACUAGUAUGCAAAUGUGCCCUUAUCGGCAGUCACGUCAGCAGCGGCGGUAGCAACACAGAAGCAGCCAGCGGCAGCCGCGGUGGUGGCGGUGCUGGUGGCCGCGCUUGGGGCUUGGAGGUCGCCCACUGAGGACCCAACUUCACCGAGAACGCGCACGCGUUCGGUCCACGUUUGGCGUCGCUUCCCACCGGCUCCGUUUCGGAUUCAUGAUAUGAUGCCAUUGCCCUUUGACCACUGCGGUUCAUCGGACCCAGCGUGGUUCCAGUAAACUUCACCAACCUCCGGCAACCGCCACAGCUCUGAGAUGGAUUUUUUUGAUGACCCCAACCUCUUUGGUGGAGGUCUGGAAGGGGUGGAUGUUGACGGCUUCCCCUCAGCUCCAUCAUUUGUUGAUGAGCUCAGUCUUGGCCCUGACUUUGAGCCCAUCCAAGUGGAGCCUCUCGCCCCAGGGAAGAACCAAGACAUGAUGCUGCCUGUGUCUUCUACAUCCACCCAGCAAGCCAUCCCCACUUACAGUCAGCAGAUGGGACAUUACAUUGGAAUUAAGACACAGAAUUCCAUUGGGCAAUCGUUUUGUAGUACUAGGGGUACUGGUGGCAUGGCAGCAGGGCAACAGGGCGAGUACCAUGACGCACCUGUGAGCCAACUACCUCAGGCCAAUGGGUUGUUCUUCAAUAAUAGCAGCCCAAUGUGGGGGAAUCAGGACCAGACUGGUCAAAUGUAUCAUCCCUUGUCCCAGCAACAGCAGCAACAACAGCAGCAACUGUACAACCAGCAAAUCGUCAGACAGCAACAAACGCAUCAUCCGCAGCAGUACAGAAUGCGUGUGCAGCAACGACAAAACCACCCACAACAGAUAUUUAACCAGAAUGAGCAUCAACAAAUGAACUUUCAAGCCAUAUCUUUGGAGCAACGGCAUCAUCACAGUUUUGCCUUUCACCAGGGGAGGCAGCCUCGCAGCCAGCAUCAGGUUCCCCAGAGUCCACAGCAGGACCAACACCAGCUAACUGCGGUAGGAACAAGGUUUCAUUCAGCGCUCGUGCCAAGUCAAACUGACCUUCUGCCGGGGUCCUGCUUGCAGCAGCAACAACCACGUAGCUUCUCCUGUGGAUUACGAAUGGCUGAAAAUAACCAACCCAUGGAUUCGUCAUCUUUGGUUCGCUCACUGCCCACUUACUCUGUGAGCUCUAUCAACACUUACCAAGCUGCUCAGUUCCCAUCCUACCCUGGAGAGCCAGAAAUGGACAGUCUCAGUCGGCCGUCUUUGUCGUCUGUGUCGGCGGCAGCUCGACCCACCGCUACCACCACUCCCCAUGUGGCAGCUCUGCCCAAGCUCUCAGGGGCGGCAUGUCAGUUUCCAUCCUCAUCAGUUAACCAGGCCGAGGAAUGUCAUUUCCGGGCUUUACGCUGUCGCGGAGAAACACGAGGAAACAACAAGUUGUCCGAGAUAUUUGGGGAAUCAAUGAGCUGCUACCCGAGCGUGGCCCACCACUUACCCUCUGAGCAGCCUCAGCACUGUGGAGACAUCAACACUAAUGGAUACCCGUCCCUAGGGGACAAUCUCUUGGCAUCAGAGGCUCAGGAUGAACAUUUGGCAGGGUUAGAGCCUCCCGACCUCCUGCCUGACUUCCUGCCUCAGCUGGAGGCCGCGCUCAGCCAACCAGAUCAAUCUAACUGCUCCUGGGUGGAUUCUAACCAGGCAUGGGGACCCGAGCACAGGACACAAACACCUGUUGGACAAAAGGAAGAAGAGCCUCGAAAGAACACAAAUGGUCCUGCAAGCCGGGUGCUCAGUCCCGUGAUGAAGAGCAGCUCGUCGUCGUCGUCCUCUUCAUCGUCGCCGUCAUCCUCCUCUUCCUCCUCUUCGUCAUCAUCCUGUUCUCCGUCGGAGAAGACAACGCUCCGGCAGACACACCACCAGCAGGACUCUGCACCUCUGGACAAACAGGAGAAGGCCAAUCGGAUCAUAUCGGAGGCCAUAGCUAAAGCCCGACAGCGUGGCGAGAAAAACAUCCCGAGGAUCAUGAGUCCUGAGAGUUUCCCUAGCUCAUCGUCACAGCGGAAGAACCACCAGGAUCAUAAAGGAAACAGCAAAGGGCGCUCCAAAUUUAAAGCCUCGAGGAAGGCCUGCAUUGUCCCUUCCUCCACGUCGAAGCAGAAGCCCAAGAUCGGGAAAAUUGUCAUUAAGAUUGGGAAGAAGAAGAAGCGAAUGCCCAACUCUUCCGAGGAGGAGUCUGAUGAGGACCCUUCGCCACGACGCUCUUCUAAGGACUCGAAGAGACGCUCUAAUCGUCAGGUCAAGAGAAAGAAGUACGCAGAAGAACUGGAAGCCAGGCUGUCGGACGAGGACGGCAAGGUGAUCAUCAAAGCCAAGAAGACCAACCCAGCGACAUCCAAGCAGCCUGCAGUGCAGCUCUUUGUGGAAAAUCCAAGUGAAGAAGACGCUGCUGUCGUGGACAAAAUCAUGUCCUCUCGUGUCGUCAAGAAAGAGGUUUCUCCAGAGGUGCUGGUGGAAGUGGAAGAGUUUUUUGUCAAGUACAAAAACUACUCCUACCUCCACUGUGAGUGGGCCACGGAGGGCCAGCUAGAGAAGGACAAAAGGAUCCAGCAGAAGAUCAAACGCUUCAAGAUGAAACAGGCACAGCGGGCACUAUUUUUCGCCGACAUGGAAGAAGAGCUCUUCAACCCGGACUAUGUAGAGGUUGACCGUGUGCUUGAAGUGUCUUAUUGCGAGGAUAAAGAUACAGGGGAGGAAGUGGUCUACUACUUGGUGAAGUGGUGCUCGCUGCCGUAUGAGGACAGCACAUGGGAGCUGAAGGACGACGUAGAUCAGAGCAAAAUAGAGGAGUUUGAGCAACUGCAGGCGGCUAAGCCAGACUCGCGCAGGGUGGAGCGGCCUCCAGCCAAUUUGUGGAAGAAGAGAGAGCAGUCGCGCCAGUACAGGAACGGCAACAGCCUCAGGGACUACCAGCUGGAGGGAGUCAACUGGCUGCUAUUCAACUGGUACAACAGGCGAAACUGCAUCCUGGCCGACGAGAUGGGCCUGGGGAAGACAAUCCAGUCCAUAACCUUCUUAGAGGAGAUCUACCGUGUGGGCAUCAAGUCACCUUUCCUAAUCAUCGCCCCAUUGUCCACAAUCGCCAACUGGGAGCGCGAGUUCCGCACGUGGACGCACAUGAAUGUCAUUGUGUACCACGGCAGCAUCGUCAGCAGGCAGAUGCUGCAGCAGUACGAGAUGUACGCCAGGGAUGCGCAGGGACGUGUGUUGCGAGGCGCCUACAAGUUUCAGGCGGUCAUCACCACCUUCGAGAUGAUCUUGGGGGGCUGUCCCGAGCUCAAUGCCAUUGAGUGGCGCUGCGUCAUCAUUGACGAGGCACACCGCCUCAAAAACAAGAACUGCAAGCUUCUUGAAGGCUUCAAGCUAAUGAGCCUGGAGCACAAGGUCCUACUGACUGGCACUCCUCUCCAAAACACAGUGGAGGAACUCUUCAGCCUGCUUCACUUCCUGGAGCCGGCACGUUUCCCCUCAGAGAACACUUUCAUGCAGGAGUUUGGAGACCUCAAGACUGAAGAACAGGUGCAAAAACUGCAGGCCAUCUUGAAGCCGAUGAUGCUGCGGCGCUUGAAAGAGGACGUAGAGAAGAAGCUUGCACCCAAGGAGGAGACCAUCAUCGAGGUAGAGCUCACCAACAUCCAGAAGAAGUACUAUCGCGCCAUCCUGGAGAAGAACUUCUCCUUCCUGGCCAAGGGAGCCGGCCAAGCCAACAUGCCGAAUCUGGUCAACACCAUGAUGGAGCUCAGGAAGUGCUGCAACCACCCCUACCUCAUCAAAGGGGCAGAAGAGAAGAUCUUGGAGGACUUCAGGGAGGUGUAUAGCCCAGCUGCCUUGGACUUCCACCUGCAAGCCAUGGUACAGUCUGCCGGCAAACUUGUUCUCAUCGACAAACUACUACCCAAGAUGAAGGCUGGUGGGCACAAAGUGCUCAUUUUCUCCCAAAUGGUGCGCUGCUUGGACAUCUUGGAAGACUACCUCAUUCAGAGAAGGUACUUGUAUGAACGAAUAGACGGUCGUGUUCGUGGGAACUUGCGGCAGGCAGCCAUCGACCGCUUCAGCAAGCCUGACUCAGAUCGCUUCGUAUUCCUGCUGUGUACUCGAGCUGGCGGCCUGGGCAUCAACUUGACGGCGGCGGACACCUGCAUCAUCUUUGACUCUGACUGGAACCCACAGAAUGACCUCCAGGCGCAGGCCCGCUGCCACCGGAUCGGUCAGAAUAAGGCGGUGAAGGUGUACCGCCUAAUCACCAGGAACUCGUACGAGCGGGAGAUGUUUGACCGCGCCAGCCUCAAACUUGGUUUGGACAAAGCUGUGUUGCAAAGCAUGAGUGGCCGCGACAACAGCUUGGGAGGAGGGGGCGCUGGUGGAGCAGGAGGCACUGGGGGAGGGGCGGUCCAGCAACAGCUGUCCAAAAAGGAGAUUGAGGAUCUACUGCGACGUGGUGCCUAUGGCGCCAUCAUGGACGAGGAGGACGAGGGGGCCAAAUUUUGCGAGGAGGAUAUCGACCAGAUCCUCCAGCGCCGAACCAAGACCAUCACCAUUGAGUCCGAGGGCCGAGGGUCCACCUUUGCCAAGGCCAGUUUUGUUGCAUCUGGGAACCGCACUGACAUCUCCCUGGAUGACCCCAAUUUCUGGGACAAGUGGGCAAAGAAGGCAGACAUUGAUAUGGAAAUGGCCAACGGCAGAAACAGCCUGGUUAUUGAUACACCCCGUGUCAGGAAGCAGACGAGGCCCUUCAGCUCCACCAAGGACGAGCUGGCGGAGCUGUCUGAGGGUGAAAGUGACAGCGACGACGCCAAACCCAAAGUCAGGCGAGCCCAUGAACGGCCUAACAGCUAUGGACGCACAGAAUGCUUCCGCGUGGAGAAGAACCUGCUGGUAUACGGUUGGGGCCGCUGGAAAGACAUCCUCAACCACGGGCGUUUCAAGAAGCAGCUGACCGACUGGGACGUUGAAUCAAUCUGCAGGGCACUACUGGCCUACUGCCUGGUUCACUACCGUGGCGAUGACAAAAUCAAAGGCUUCAUGUGGGACUUGAUUGCACCCACCGAAGAUGGCCAGACAAAGGAGCUUCAGAAUCACUUGGGUCUGUCUGCACCUGUUCCUCGGGGUCGCAAAGGCAAGAAGAUGAAAACCCAGUCCAGUUCAUUUGACAUCCAUAAAGCCGAGUGGCUGCGGAAGCAUAACCCAGAGCACAUGCUGCAGGACGACGGCUACAAGAAACACCUCAAGCACCACUGCAACAAGGUGCUGCUCCGGGUCAGAAUGCUGUACUACCUGAAACAAGAGGUGAUAGGCGAUGAGGCCCAGAACGUUUUGAACAACGUGGAUGCCAGUGAGAUCAAGAUCUUGGUGCCCGAGCUGGACCACUCGGAACUUCCAGCCUUGUGGUGGGAUAGCGUCUCUGACAAGUGUCUGCUGCUAGGGGUCUACAAGCACGGUUAUGAGAAGUACAACACCAUCCGCGCAGACCCUGCGCUAUGCUUUCUAGAGCGCGUCGGCCGACCAGACGACAAAGCCAUCGCUGCCGAACAGAGAAGUAACGAUUUUAUGGACGGGGAUGUGGACGAUCCUGAAUACAAGCCUGCACCAGCCCUGCUGAAGGAUGACAUAGAGGAUGAUGCCUCCUCUCCGGGAGACUUGGUUGUCACUGACAACCCCGGAGACGCAGUUCCGGGAGUAGCGAGCGCCUACUGGCCCUCAUCUUCCUUGCUCACUGCCCGGCUAAGGCGUCUGAUCACUGCCUCCCAGCGGUACACGAAGAGCCGGCAGAUCUUACAAAUCCACCAGGUGCAGUUGCAGUCCCACACCCAGCUGGCCGGCAUGUCGUCGAUGCCACUCUGCCCCCCACCACCGUCUGCGGCGCUCCUACUGCCACCGGCAGUUUUCAGUGACCCGCUUAACACCAAGAUGGCCGCCAAGAUUGAACGUCAACAAAGAUGGACGAGGCGGGAAGAAGCUGACUUCUACCGGGUGGUGUCCACAUUUGGUGUGGUCUUCAACCCGACGGUGGGCCGCUUUGACUGGACAAAAUUCCGGGCAAUGGCGCGGCUGCACAAGAAGACGGAUGAGAGCCUACAGAAGUACCUGUGCGCCUUUGCUGCAAUGUGCCGACGAGUUUGCCGCCUGCCGCCCAAAGAAGGAGACUCAGCAGUAGACCCGUCCCUUAACAUCCAGCCCAUCACGGAGGAGCGCGCAUCACGCACCUUGUACCGGGUGGAGCUACUGCGGCAGGUGAGGGAGCAGGUCCUUCGCCACCCAUUGCUGUACGAGCGCCUGCAACUUUGCCAGAUAAGCUCUGACUUACCCGCGUGGUGGGAGUCCGGCACCCACGACCGGGACCUGCUCAUUGGUGCUGCCAAGCACGGGGUCAGCCGCACGGAUUAUCACAUACUCAGAGAUCCUGAUUUGGGUUUCAUGGCUGCCCAGCGCAACUACAGCCAGACAAAGGCCAUGCUGCCACAGCAGCAACAACAACAGUUGGUAGGCUUCACACCUGUCCUGCAACCUCAGUACCAGCCCUCGGCAGUUCCACUCCCUACCCCAAGGGACUUGGCGACAGGUGGGGUGGUGCCAAAAGCAGAGCCCUCCUCAGAAGGGGAGGAAAGCAGGGAAAAAGCGAAAGAAAGCUGGAGUCCCGCCAGAGCACUGGAGACCCCCGCGGGAGUCGCAGAGGACAAACGCGACAGCGAGGGGCAGAUGGUGGCAGCAAGGACAAAGCCUGUCACACCCAACUCUUUGGAAAGGAAGCCCAAGAAGGCCAGCAAGAGAGGCCGCAGAGAGAGGCGGCCCUCUGGCUCCGACUCAGACGGCUCGUCAUCUAGCUCUUCGUCCCGUUCCUCCUCCUCUUCGUCGUCGACCUCCUCUUCCUCAUCCCGCUCCGGGUCCAGCUCAUCUUCGUCUUCGUCAUCCUGCUCCUCUGGCUCUUCGUCAUCCUCCUCCUCCUCCUCAACUUCUUCGGAUGACAGUGACAGUGAAGGAGAGGACAGGAAGAAGAAAGUGCUUGCAGCUCCAAGCGUGAAGGUCUUUGAUGAGGACAGUGUGGCGUCUUUAGGCGCCACACACCGCGAUGCGCAAGACACUCCGGCGCCCCAGAAUGGCGUCGCCAACAAUGCGUCACAUCCCUUCCAGGCAGGAGGUUUCAUGCUCGCUGCCUCCCACUGGCCAAAGGACCGCGUUAUCAUCAACCGUCUGGACAGCAUUUGCCAGGCGGUGUUGAAGGGCAAGUGGCCAGCCACGCGGCGUGUCUAUGAGCCCGGUGGCCCCGUGGCAUCCUUCUACACCACCAAGCUCCUGGACGGCAGCCUGUGCGAAGACCCCUCGGCCUCGCCACAGGGGUCUAAGGUGACCGAGCAUGUUGCAGAAAGCAAGGAGUUCUCAGUCAAGCUAAACGAUCAGGAGGGAGGGCUCAAGUUGACCUUCCAGAAACAGGGGCUCCCUUUGAAGAGACCCCUAGACUCGGAGGAGGCACCCCAGGCCCAGCAGCAGCAGUAUCUUGCUCGGCUUCAUGAACUGCAGAACGCCUCAGACACUGGGCUGGCUGACAUCACCCAGCCGCAGUGCAGCUUCCAGAACAUGCCUUCAGGUCUCGCUGGGGCGAUGAGGCUGAACGGGGUGCUGGACAGCCAGCCGGUGGUGAAGAGGCGGAGGGGGAGGAGGAAGAACGUGGAGGGCGUGGACCUGCUUUUCAUGAACAGGAGUCAAGUCCCUGAUCAGGCGGCUCCCGGAUGGGGCGGCAUCGGCCAAGUGGGCAUGGCUCCAAUGCCGGGGUACAAUCACCAGGCCUCGGGACCGAGCCCGGAGAACGUGGAGAGCAGAGUACCGGUCAUCAACCUGAAAGACGGCACCCGACUGGCUGGGGACGACGCUCCCAGGAGGAAAGAUCUGAACCAGUGGCUGCAAGAACACCCGGGCUUUGUGGCAGACACGGGCGCCUUCAUCCCUGGCGUGAACAAGAUGCCUCUGCAGUUUCACGUCCAGGACGGGCGACCCAAGCAGAAGAGGCACCGCUGCAGGAACCCCAACAAGAUCGAUGUCAACAGCCUGACGGGCGAGGAGCGUGUGCAGAUCAUCAACAGGAGGAACGCCCGCAAGGUUGGCGGAGCUUUUGCGCCUCCUCUCAAGGAUCUGUGCCGCUUCCUUCAGGAGAACCCAGAGUACGGCGUGCCGCCUGAAUGGGGCGAUGUCGUCAAACAGUCGGGUUACCUCCCAGCGAGCAUGUUUGACAGGAUCCUAACAGGUCCCAUCGUUCCUGAGGAGGUGAGCCGGCGAGGGCGGCGUCCAAAGAAUCCCCUCGUUAAGGCGGCGACCAUGACGCCCAACCCGGCAGCGGCAGCGUCCUCCACCCUUGCCCUCAAUCCCCUUCUGGCUAACGGCCUCCUGGCGGGCAUGGACCUGAGCGGCCUCCAGGCCUUCCAGCAGAACCUGCAGCUCACCGCCGGCCUCAUGGGCCUGCCCCCCUCGGACGCCGGAAACCUGGCGGCGAGCAAUCUUGCCGCCAUGUUUCCCAUGAUGCUCUCCGGGAUGGCGGGACUGCCCAACCUGCUGGGCAUGAGUGCGUUGCUUGGCAAGAAUCAGGACGGAAGCGGCGGAGGCGCCGAGGACAAGGACGCAGGAACCGGUGGCGGCGGCCCGGCGGGAGAACCGUGCGCCCUCGGCGAAGAACGGACAGAAGGCGGAGACGCCCCUGCUUCCUCCCAAAGUGCCUCGUCCACCUCCAGCCCUCCCCUCCCUCUCAACCCUUUGUUGCUGUCCAGUAUGCUUUACCCAGGGAUGCUCCUCACUCCAGGCCUUAACCUCCCCGUGGCCAACGCACAGCCUGACCACAAGCCCCUUCCUCCUCAGAGUCCGCCUCCUCUUCCUCAAGCGCCCGCCGCCAAAGUGGAAACUUUGGAAGAUAAUGACGACGACGACGAUGACGACGACGAGUCGGGAGAGCCCAAGGACCAAAGCAGGAAACCAGAGUCUUCUUCAUCCGAGUCUGGGAGCUCUUCUUCUUCCUCAGAUGACUCAGACUCCAGCAAGGAAUGAUGACAUUUUCAUUUAUUUAUGUACGGGCCUCUUCCAAAUGUUUAUAUAUAUAUAUAUAUAUAUAUAUAUAUAUAUAUAUUCACAUCAAUGUGGCUCCCCCCGCCCCCCUCACCACCCCACCGACCACCAUCUGUCAACCCUCCUUCCAGCACUUACCAUUUCUCUACGUGUAAAUAACUAACCAAAUUGUUGUGUAAUAAAACAAAAAUCCCAAGAAAGCAAAACAAACUGCAAUCCACUUUGAACGUUUGUGGACGAGGUAGCGUCUUUGUUUCCAGACAUUUUGCAUGUCGGACCUGAGUAGAAGCGUCACCUUGUACUGUUGAAAACAAAAAGAAAUGAGGAGGAAAAAAAAAGUUGCAAAGGCAUUAUUGUAAUUAUGAUUAAGUCAGGGUUUAAUUUUAUUAUUAAAAAUGCGUUGAGCUGUACUAUUAAUAUAUUUUGAUGUUGGGGUUAUGAUGUAAAGAAGACACGUUUGCUUUGCAGAUCACGCGGAUGUGAGCAAUAACUCGGGCAGCUAACGAAUGUCACUCAAGCUGUAGAUUCCGUCACGUUCCCAAAAAGCUUUUUCACGUCGGUCCUGUCAUUUUUGUUGCUUUGUUUUGUUUUAUUUAAUUUUUUUUUUGUUUUGUUUGUAGUGGCAGCAGAGUGAGCUAAUGUUUUAGCACGUCUGCCUCGCAGUCGAGAGGUCCCAGGUUCCAAUCUCGGCUCGGGCCCUCCCCGUGCCGCGUUCGCAUCUUCUCCCCCGUGCUCGCCCCACCUCAUCCUCCAGCCCCAAAACUCCCAUUUCAACUUUAUUGAAGACUCCAAAUUGUCCAUAGGUGUGACUAUGAAUGUUUGUCCAUCUGGACGUUGCGAUCGACUGGCGACCAACCCAACCCAGCUUGCCUUGGGUUCAACCAUUUGUCGAGAAAGGGGAAUAACGGGUCGUUAUUCAUUCAGUUCAACCUAUACUGAGGCCCCUCGUUACAGAAAAUGGUGGCCCAAGCUAAGUUUCUUUCUGACGCUUGGGUUCAACCAUGUGUCAAGGGGAACUAACGGAGGUGGUUUUUCUCGUUUCUGGUGGAAAUGGACCCCCCACCCCACCGCCCACCAUCGCCCGGACUCAGCUUUUCUUUGCCCUCAAAGCCUUCCGCUGUGCCAAAAUCCAGCUUUCCUUUCGCGUGCAUCACUUCUUUUUCAAAGAGCUUCCCGAUCGGUAGCACCUCCUUCCUGUUUCCCGGUCCCUGCCAUCCACCUUCCGACGGCACAAGCACAAUAAAAAAAAAAAAAAAGUUGUGAUUGUUGUUCAACACAGCAGUGCCACAUCUAGCGAGCGUGCUAGCAAGCUAGCUAGCGCGAGCAAGGGCUCGAACAAUCUCGCUACUCACUUUAGUUUUUUUUUUUGCUUGUUUUUUGAGCUUCAGCUAGACUUAGAAGUGCCCUUAACUUAUACCUCUGCUUUUCAAUCCUGUUUUUUUUUUCUUUUUAAUUGGGGGAAGCAAACACUGGAAUUCCAUUAAUGCCGAAGUACCUUUGCUACCCUCUUGUGGACUGUUAGUUCAUCAACACUCUUGAUUGUGGCUGUCGCUCCAUUCUCCCAUGGUCAGUGAAUGCACCGAGACUGAAAAGCUUGCAGUGAUUUACACAUGCUUUUUAUUCAU